GCCUAAUUAGUUUAUAAGUAUACUACGUCCAGAAGCGGACAAAAUGGCGCCGACAACGACAAUUGAAACUAUUACAAUCACAAGGCCCCUCAAGGUGAUUGCAUUUAUAUGCGGAGUCAUAGUGGUGGUAUUGAUGGUUAUGGCAUUGGCCUCCACGGAUUGGCUAAUGACUGCUGGCUGGCGGCAGGGUCUAUUUGUGCAUUGUAUUGAGGAUGAUUCAAUGCCGCCGCUGCUAUUCAAUAUACAGGAUCCACCAGGCUGCUAUUGGACCCGCGAUAUUGGCUACAUCAAGGUAACCCCUGCGCUUUGUAUUAUCACAUUGAUAACGGACGUCAUAGCCACAGUGCUGACUGGACUGGGCCUUAAGUCGCAGAAUCAUAAUCUUAAAUAUAAAUGUUAUAGAAUUGCAGUGCUAGUAAUGCUCGUUUCAUUACUGGCCGUGCUGUCCGCUCUGAUUGUCUAUCCAGUGUGCUUUGCAGGCGAACUCACAAAGGCUAAUCGACGCGAUUGGGAGUUUGGCUGGGCCUAUGGCGUUGGCUGGGGCGGAGCAAUUUUCUUAUUUGGCGCCGUGGUUCUGUUGCUAUGCGACAAAGAAUCUGAGGAGAUCUACUAUAAGGAGAGAAAAAUUGUACAUGAAAACCAAAUGCGCGCAUAGGCAAGGCCGCACGACCUGCCUGACGUCGUUUUUUAUACAUAAGCAUCUAGCAACCAAUACACACACACUCACACACAGAGACACUCACAGACGUAUAAAAAUUUCAAUUUGACUCAAGACUCAAAAACAAAGAACUCGAUCAAAAUUGUAAUUUUCGUCAAAAACUUUAGUUAGACUUCUGAUUACGUCCAUCAUCAACCAAUUUAAGCCAAAAAUGAAACCAGAACGACUUGACUAACUUCUCCCCACAGUACUGGGUGUUAGUUAAAUAAGACUUUUUUUUUUAUUUUAAUUUUUUUUUCUUCAUAAGUUUCCCCAUACUGAAAGGUAAUUUUCCAAAACACACAUACACAUACGCCGCAUCUGACAUAUAAUGAAAUAUAUACACCAAAUCGUGUCCAAUCUAUCUACCUACCUAUAUAACAACAUAAUGAUAUAUGUAUAAUUGCAAUUUAUGUCAGCGAGUUUUACAAAAUUGUAAUAUUUAGUCUGCUCUUUGGCAUAAAUGUGACGAAAGCACAACAAAAUUGUACUCAAUGUACUCAUAUAAAACAUAUAUUUAAAAAAAAAUUAUUCAGCUACAUACCAGUCGUAUACCUAGAAAAUUAUCAUAGAAAUUCAUAGUCGUUUACACAUGCAAUCCUUCCAAAUAUGUAUGUAUGUAACCUUACUAUAAUCGAUCCAUACUCCCAAAACGAAACAAAUAUUUCGACAAUACUACAUCGAAACAAAAUGUAUGUGAACUUUAAUUAUUUUCGUUCACUAAUUUUCCUCAAGUAAACAGUUUGCAAAUGCAU